GUUCGAUGUGUAACAUCAUUACAGAACAAUUAGUCGUUGAUCAAGUUCCGAGUAAAAAACAUGGACUUCAAUGGCGUACAUAUCAGAGUGAAGGAGGAGCCAGAUGAUGAUUCCCCGAUCGAAAAUGAUGAUUAUCAGAUAAUUGACAAUGCACACGAUGCGAACACUAAAGAAUCCUUGCGAUGUCGAGAAAAUUUUACUCGUGGCCCUGACGAUAUCGAAGUAGAAUUCGAAUGUAAGGACGAGAAGCUCGACAUUAAUUUAUUAACAGUCAGAAAGAUAGAGGACGAUUAUCCAGAUCAUUUGCAGCAUAUGGAAAAUAGUUACGAUAAUAAAACCCAAAAGAAAAUUAAAAAAGAAAUUGAGGACGAAAUAAAAGAAGAAUUGAAUUCGGAUGAUGAACUCAGUGAUGCAUUUGAUGCAAAUGAAAAAACAUUUGCUCAAAAAAUUCUAUGCGAAACUCAAACUGAUAAAUUACGCAUUCGUGCCAAACAUCCAUGUAAUAUAUGCGGUAAAAAAUUUUCACGAAAAGAUAAUCUCAAGAUCCACAUCGAUGCAGUUCAUAAUGGUGUUAAACAUGAAUGUGGUAUAUGUGGAAAGACAUUCACACAAAAAGGAGAUCUCAAGAUUCACAUCGAUGCAAUUCAUAAUGACACAUCAAAAGUGAGCAUAAGGGCAAUACCCAAUCACGAGAUCAAAGCAAAAGAUCAUAGAACGUCUAUCAGUACCAUGCAAAAUGAUGAAAUAUCGAGACAAACGAGUAGCCGUAAAACUGCCAUCGAAUAG